AUGCGCUGGAUAGGAAAGAGGAUCACGCGUCGACAAAUGCACGAUACUCACCUCUCGCAAAAAGUGGUUGUGGAUAAGGAGACGAGCCAAGGCAGGUUUGGCGGGACAAAUCAUGUUAUCACGGCGUUGGACGGGGACCAGGGCGUUUUCGGACACAUUGAUUUUCAUGUUUUUUCCAUGGUUCUAGUGCGAAGGAGCGGCAUCGGUCGCAGUUGGAGUGUUAUUCGGGAUGAAGCAAGCGAUAGGCCGAAGGAUGACGUAACAGGAGCACCUCGUCAGACGCUGCCCUUAAGUCAAUACCUAGCGAGACUGACUUCAUUUACAUUUUUUGCCUCGACAAUCGUAUGUACGCUGUUCAGUCUUCUGCCAAGUUUCCUCCCAGAAUCUCGAACCUGCAUCUCGACGACUUAUACGAGCUGCCUCGCCCUGGAAUGGAGUCCAGUCCGCGGACACAGUAUCAACUCCCACAUCGGAAUCCAACUUCGCACCUCCGGUUGGUUUCCUUUCUUGGUGCAAGCAAACAAUGUUCCUAAUCAAGACCUGCGCGCCGGCCGGCAGAAAACGCCACCAGAUGCGUUUUACAACCCUUGGCCCUCGAGGCAACAUUGCGAAAUCCUGACGAUUUCUAAGGAGAAGACCCCAUGUCGUUGCUCGGGCCAAACUGCUCUGGCUGGUUCAACUUACAUAUCACGAGUCUCCGCCUUGGAGAUGUGCUUCCUGUGGACGCAAAAUGCUUCGACGCAUCACAUUGGCAAGCUAGGGAUUGGCAUGCCUCCUGACAACUUUGGCGAUGCCGCCUUACUUGCCGUCAGAUUGCAUCCUGUCGCCAAGGUCCAUGAUCAUUUCCUCCUAGGCUUCAGCAAAACUGGUCAAGACGCACACAACAAUCGGGGCAGCUAUCAGCACCACGGUUUAGGCAUAGGCCGCAUUCCCUUCUCGUCGACAGGGGCUAUCUCGGACUCUGCAAGCUUGUUGAAAAAACUUGACAGGGCUGUAAAUAAGAGACUUUCCGGCGAGCAGGGUCUUGCUGACGAAAGGGUGUUCUUGUUCCAUCUUGAAAACGGGUUUGCAAGCCACUUGCCAUUGUCCUCGAAAGCCAGCUGGGAUUCGACAACACGUCGAUCCCCGCCCAUUGUCAAUAACAAUGGCCGUAAGGCCGGCCAAAGAAAUGCGGAGCUGCUGAAAUCGCCAACGACUGGCGGAGCCAAAUUGCAUGGCAAGGCGACGUUCAAUGCAGUCCUCCGUCCGCAACAAGGAGGAAACUCCGGAAUCUUUUGGAAUCGAGACUCGAUGCAGACAUUUGCCUAUCUGGCAUACGGCCGAAGAAAAGAGGCCCUGCAUCAAGGCUGUAUCAUUCAACUCUGGCCCUUGCUUUGCCAAUGCAGUGGAGAUCCGGAAACAAUGGUACCCAUGGAUCGUGUACCCAGGGUGCCCAGGAACCCACCACAACUAACGGUCUUCUCUCUUCUCUCCCUCACCCUCCUCUCCACCAACAGCAGCCAGCGGCGUGGCGGCCCCCCUCCCAGUUUGAUGGCAGGGGUCAAGUCAAAUGGACGAGAGCGGCUGGUCCAGACUGAUGAGAUCGUGCUACCGAGGGCCAAGCAAGCAUGGUUCAUCACAUUUACUGCGCCAGCAACAAAUUACAUCACAUAUCCAAAUCUUCAUAAUUAG